AAAAGUAGUCAUGAAGUCAAUCUCUACUCCACUUUGAGCCAGGAGAGAUUGACAUGCAUAUUUUUAAUAUUAGCUCUCUGUGAACACCCAAAGGCCAGCUGUGCUGCCCUGUUCUGAGCCAAUUGCAAUUUUCCUAAGUCUUUUUUUCUGGCAUCUGACCACAUGACUGAACAGUAGUCGAGGUGUGACAAAACUAGGGCCUGUAGGACCUGCCUUGUUGAUAGUGUUAAGAAGGCAGAGCAUCGCUUUAUUAUAGACAGACUUUUCCCCAUCUUAGCUACGACUGCAUAAAUAUGUUUUGACCAUGACAGUUUACAGUCUGGUGUUACUCCAAGCAGUUUAGUCAUCUCAACUUGCUCAAUUUCCACAUUAUUUAUUACGAUUUAGUUGAGGUCUAGGGUUGAGUGACUGAUUUGUCCCAAAUACAAUCCUUUUAGUUUUAGAAAUAUUUGGGGCUUAUUCCUUGCCACCCACUCAAACUAACUGCAGAUCUUUGUUGAGUGUGCAGUCAUUUCAGUCGUUGUUGUAGCCAAUGAGUAUAGUGUUGAGUCAUCCCCAUACAUGAAACUCUGGCUUUACUCAGUCAGUGGCAUGUCGUUAGUAAAAACUGAAAAAAGCAAGGGGCCGAAACAGCUACCCUAGGGAAUUUAUCUAUGCAUUUACCUAUGCAUACCUCAACAAACCUGUACGCCCGCACAUUGACUCAGUACCAGUACCCCCUGUAUAUGACCUCGUUGCUGUUAUGUAAAUGUAUUGUUACUUUUUUAUUGAUUGGAUAUUUUUAAACUUUUGUUUAUUUAGUAAAUUUUAUUAACUCUAUUUCUUGAAGUGCAUUGUUAAUGGCUUGUAGUAAGAGGUUCACGGUAAGGUAACACCUGUUGUGUUCGGCGCAUGUGACAAAACAUUUGAUUUGAACGUUAUAGCUAUGUGAUGGUGGUUAAGUAGAUUAGCUAGUAAGAUUAUAGCUCUUGAUCAUGACUCUCAGUUCCAUUAAACACGAGUCAUUGGACAAAGGCAUCUUCUGUAGUGGGGAGUUUUUUUGUUAAGAUCCCUGACGCUCGGUCUGAACAUUUUAAGUUAACACGCAUCGCUUGUGGUAUGGUUUUGGAAGCAUAAGGAACUUAUAAGCGAGAAAUGCUGAAUUAGAAAAAAAGUCUACACACCUUGAUAGGGUUAGUGUUCUCACACUACCAUAUCUCCAUGAUACACGCUUGUCUAUGUUAGGCGAGGCCACCACCUGUGCUAAUUAGCUAUCUAGCAUGCUCCUCCGAACACGUGUGUAAGCGUGAAUCGGGAAGUGUAGUUUUGUUGGAUGGAUCUGUGAAACACGUAGCAGUUUUAUUUUAAAAAAAUGGUGCGUUUCUUUCUCACUGAUGAAAGCUAUUGGAAGAUUGUGCGAGAAAUGUGAUGGAAAGUGUGUGAUCUGUGACUCGUAUGUGAGGCCUUGCACACUGGUGCGCAUCUGUGACGAGUGCAACUACGGGUCGUACCAGGGGCGCUGUGUCAUAUGUGGAGGUCCCGGGGUGUCUGACGCUUACUACUGCAAAGAGUGCACCAUCCAGGAGAAAGACCGAGAUGGAUGCCCCAAGAUUGUGAACUUGGGCAGUUCAAAGACUGACCUUUUCUAUGAACGGAAGAAGUAUGGCUUCAAGAAGAGGUGAAGACAGGCCUGUCCAACGAGUGCUUUGCUUCUGUUUUUUUGUAUGAACGUUUUUACCUUUGUGUGUGAACAUGUUUUGAUAAUACAAUAAAGCUUUAUUUUACAUUA